AUGGCGCUUCAUCUCCAGCCCGGCUGGCCGCGCCUGCGAGAACAUCCUGCAGCCAGCGGCCCAAGGAGACGACUUGACGAGGCACCUCGAACCAUCCCCGCAGCUUCUGCGCUGUGCUUGGUCUCCGCGACGAAGGCAUGCACUGGUGCAUUGCGCUUGCGGCGAUGUCGAACGCAACGAUGCGCGGCACGGCGGGAUGGGCGGUGUACGCUCCUAUUCCUGGAUCCCUGCAGGGCCGACCUCGCCGAGCGCCUGGAAGAUCGAAGUUGUACCGUCGAACACCGAGGUGCUGAUGAAGCCGUUCCCGAGGCGCUACGUCGGGUCUCGCCCGAGAUUGUGGUUGUGCGCUCCUCCGUGGUGAAGGAGCCGCAGCUGGAAACUGCCCAAAGUGGUCUGGACAACUUGCGUUUGGUGAUGCGUGCCGGGGCGGGGGUCGACAACCUGGCCGUGCCUGUGCUGGCCGAGCGUGGUGUGGUUGUUGCAAAUGCGGCCGGGGCGAAUGCCAUUGCGGUCGCAGAGCCGGGCUGA